CUGGUCCGCGUUCCCGGAAAAUCAUUUUUCCUUCUCUGGUCCGAGUUUUUCCCGGAAAAUUCGUUAAGAGGUGAAGUGCUGGUAGUGGUGGAGCGGGAUUUUUUUUUGUGCGCGGGAAAUUUGAAUUUUUCGAUUAAUAAAAUUGAAAAAAAGAAAAUCAGUGACCGCGAUGACAGCAGGACAGACUUCGCCUCGGAAAAUCAACGACUGGACAGGCACGGAAACUUAGUUUUUCGCCAGGACCUAAAUUAACGGGAAGAGAAAAUGUUGCCUACGAACGUAAUGUCUUUUAUGAAAAAGGUCGCAUAACUGACAACAGGAUGAGCUGGAGUAACUUUACUUCCUGUUGCGAGUUUCCCUUGAACAUUUAUAAUAUGGCGUCGACUUUCCAAAGAAGGAUGGUGGCGGCGGAGCCUGGGCCCCAGAACGCCAACUCGGAGGCCCCCGAGGGGGGCACCACCUUCGGCAAACUGAGGCAGACGCUGUCCUCGUCUUUGCUCACUGCCCAGGACAAGGUAGUAAACAAAAUGGGCCCGCGGCCUUCCCUCAUCCCCGACCUACCCCCGGUGGAGCAACAACAACACCAAUCCCCCCCAACGGAAGAAAAACCCUUGGCCCCACCGAAAACCGAGCCGGGGAAACCCCCGAGUCGCGCAGGCGCCUGCCGCGUCUGUCUCAAGGCCUUCAAACCGGACGACUUCAGUCGCACAUGCGCCACCUGUACGCAACGCGUCUGCGAGGACUGCGCAAGCUACAGUAAACUGUCGGAGAGUGAGGACCCGGCCAACUGGACCUGCAGCGUAUGUCGAAGGAAGAUGCAGUCCAGAGCCACCGUGAUAUCUCAGGACUCCAACGAGAGCCUACUGGAAAUCCCCCUUCAGGAGUUGCAGAGGAGACACUCGGAGGCGAGGCUCGGCUCCUCCAGCGGAGGCUUGAACGUAGGAGGCCUGGGCAGCGGCUUGGCCCCUCCCAGGAGCCCCGAGCUGCGCAGACACUCCGACGUGUCUCCCGCGUCUCUUAAGGAGCUUGAAAAGCUUAAGGGUGGCGGAGGCUCGAAGACCCCUGAUCCGGACUGGACCAGGGGCGGGGGAAGGUCGCGGGCAGGUUCCAGGGCCAACAGUCCGCCCCGAGGGGUCACCUCGGACGUUUUGCCUCAGAUCCCGAGGUCCCGGAGGGCCUCCAGGGUGGCCCGACAGCACAGUUACGACGACGAGGUCAAGGCCACCUUGGUACCUGGGCCAGGUGGGGAGGGCGGAGGAGGGGGCGAGGGCGGUUUGGGGCUGCCCGCCCCUAUGCCGAGGAGGGCGUCUGCGUACGACGUUUUUUCUGUUCCAGCCCUGAGCACGGUGACGCCGAACAGUAGUGGGCGCAGGGCGUCGUUCAGGGUGGCGCCCCCGGAGCCCUCGAGCCCCCCGAGUCCGGAGACGGCGCCCCAGGGGGCGCUGGCCGCGCCCGAGGACGACCGGCGCAAUAGGCGGCGCGGAUCGCAUUUACCGGACAUCGGGGGCCUAAGGACGAUAGCGCCGCCCCGCCCCACCCCCGCCCUCGAGGAUUUGGAGGCUGCGCCGCGACGCCAGGCGUCCGUCGACGCAGAAGCGAUCCGCAUCGUCAUCCACGACGUCGACAGCGCGGGCGGCGCGUCCGCUGCGCAGAAGCGCGUCGUGUUGCGUCGCGAUCCCGGCGACAAGGCGCAUCGCACACGUGGCUUCGGCAUGCGAGUGGUGGGGGGUAAGACGAGCACCGACGGUCACCUUUUCGCUUACGUGGUGUGGACAGUGCCGGGGGGGCCGGCGGAGAAGGGGGGGCUGCAGCAGGGCGACAAGGUGCUGGAGUGGGGCGGGGUGUCCCUGAUCGAUCGAAAUUUCGAGGAGGUGUGCGCCAUUAUGGACCAUCACACUGGGGAUACCGUGGAAUUGUUGGUGGAGCACGCCACCGAUUUGAGGAUGUGCGAUUUCCUGGACGAGCCGCCCCUGCCGCCCCCUUCUUCAGGGGUGGGGGGGCGGAAGACCUCGGAGGCGAACGUGACCGCACUGCACGUGGAUACCGAAAACGACAAGGGGCCCUCGUCGCCUACCAGGAGAAAACUACCAAAAACCCCGGAACAAUUGGCGAAGGAGCGGAUCGUCUCUGGAAGGAUCCAGAUCCAGGUGUGGUACCACGACGAGAGGAAGGAACUCGUCGUGGCUGUUUUAGCGGGGGAUGAUUUGGCCCCGAGGGAUGACACUUUGGGGUUCGGUUGUUUGCCUGAGGCGUACGCACGCCUCUGCCUCUUACCGUUGACAACGGAGGAACACUGUCAACAGACAGACGUGGCCCCCGUGAGCCAAAACCCGAUCUGGAACGCGAACUUGAGCUUCCUGAACGUCCCGGGGGACGAGCUGAUGGAGCGGGUGCUCGAGAUCACCCUCUGGGACCUCAUUCCUCACAACGAACACGCGUUCUUGGGCGAGUGCUCUGUAGACUUACAAAAAGCGUUUUUAGACGACAGGGCGGUGUGGUGCCGCCUGGAGGACCCCCGCCAACUAAGGGGCCGCUCCCCGCACACCUCCCCGCGGGGCUCUAUAGCGGGGGCUGGUAAAAGGGGCACCUUUGGCGACCAACGGAGCGUCUCCGAUGACGUCGACUCGAUCGGUGAGUGCGCGAGUCUACUGCACCCGGACCACGCGUGGGGCUCCCGGCGGGGCUCCUCGCAGUCCGAGCAGCUGGAGGUCGAAGUCUAUCAACUCGGCAAAGACUUUUCUCGCUCCCUACCCGGAUCGCGACGCUCCUCCUUCCAGAGUGCGCAGGAGCAAGCGGAAGCGGAACAGGUUGCGGUGCCUCCGCCGGCCUCUUACAGCCGGGACCGCAGGCGCAGUAGUUGCACGCGCAUGCUAAGGGACCCCGAGGAGAUCCUGAAGUCCCUGAAGGCGGUCAAGGGGGAGCUGGGCAGGACCAUGAGCCUCACGGCCGAUAAAAGGAGACGUUCGAGCACGGCCGUGCCCGCGACUCAGCGCAAGCGCAGCGUCAUGGAAAUCGUCGAGCUGCCGUGCGCAAGUCCGCCGAGCAGUCCCGAACGCUCUUCGCCCCCCCACCUCGGCCCCGGUCAAAUAAAACCGCGAGGGUUCAAGUUGAGCGGCACGAAACCGGUGGAGAUCAAACUGGGCCUGCUGAUGACCAAGGGACAGUUGGAGGUGGAGGUGGUGUGCGCGCGUCACAUCCCCAAUAAAAUCUCACCCCCGGAUACUUACGUCAAGUGUUACCUGCGAGAGGGAGAGAGAUGGUUGCAGAAGAAGAAGACGAGGGUGAGCAGGCACUCGUGCGAGCCGCAGUUCAGGCAGACGUUGAAGUAUCAGGCGUGCGACGUGCUCGGUAGGAGUCUGGUGGUGAUGCUGUGGGAACGUCAGUCGGGGUUCGAGCACAACCAGGGUCUGGGGGGCGCGGAGAUCUCCCUGGACUCCCUCACCCUCACCCACCUGGUGGUCGGCUGGUACCCCCUGUUCCCGAUCAACUCCCUCGGGAGCGACUCGAACGACUCGCCUUGACCUGCGCGCGCACCCGAAGAGAGCGACGACGAGUUCCCGUAGAGCGAGAGAGAGAGACGUUUUAAUUUGCGGGCAAAUUGAACGUUUGUUUGUCUCUUUCUCGCUCGAGGGAAGAAGAAGACAUGAUGCUCCAAGAAGAUGGACCAAAAUUUAUUAACCCCCUCCCUCUCCAAACCUCUUACCCUUCGCUGUCGUCGUCGUGUAGAUAUUUAUUAGGGAUGAACUUGAUAUCGCUUGUAUAUGUAUAUAUAUUUAUAUAUAUAUAUAUACUUAUAUAUGGAACUUCCUGUAACCCUCUGCUGUUUUUUAUUUUGAAAUUAUCCCUGUUCUUUUUUACGCAAUUUGGACGUUUGGGGGCGUCUUAGGGGCCUAAAGGAAAGUUUUCGUGUGGGAGUUAGUGUCCCUGAUGUAUCUGUAGGGUAACGUCUAAAAUUUGCUGGAAAAACCGUGAAAAUUCAUGAACUAGACGGUUUUUUUAUUCAACUUAAUUUUUUAUGAAAGCUUCGCGUAUUUUGCCUCAUAGCUUCACUUCCGUUAUUCAGAGAAUUUUUAUUUUUAUUUUAAAAGUUUCUCAGAAACUUUCUGUUGCUUUUGCAGAAAAAAUCAUGAAAAUCGACCCAGUGGAAGAUUUUUUAUUAAAUUUAUUUGACAAAAUCCAGCGGGAAAUUUGAAUGUCCCGGGUAAUUUGCGCCAUAACUUCACUUCCAGUACUCAGACCGAUCUGAUUUUUCUUUUAAUAUUUUCACCAGACCUCUUUCUAUUUAUUCUGAGAAAAUUGUGAAAAUCCAUUUAGUAGAAAAUUUUUUAAUAAUUUUUUUCUGAAAAAUCCGGCGGGAAAUUUGAAUGUCCCGGGUAAUUUGCCUCAUAACUUUACUUCCAGUACUCAGAUCGAUCUGAUUUUUAUUUUAAUAUUUUCACCAGACCUCUUUCUAUUUAUUCUGAAAAAAUUGUGACAAUCCAUUCACUAGAAGAUUUUUUAAUAAUUUUUUUUAAAAAUCAAGCGGGAAAUUUGAAUGUCCCGGGUAAUUUGCCUCAUAACUGUACUUCUAGUGCUCAGAUCGAUCUGAUUUCUCUUUUAAUAUUUCCACCAGACCUUUUUCUAUUUAUUCUGAGAAAAUCAUGAAAACUUGUUCAGUGGAGAAUAUUUUAUCAAUUUUUAUAUGAAAAACAAUUAUUUCAUUUAAAGACUAGGUUCUCCAUAAGUCUGUAUCCUACAAUUGAACUUCUAAACAAUUUUUUAUUUAAAUAUUCAUUGUGCUAUCUACUACUGAAAACUUCAUAAAACUCCUCUACUAAUAUACAGAGUGUCUCGAAAAGGUGCCCCUUACUAAAAAGCGACUUUUAGGGGCCUUUUUGUAUAAGCAAAUAAACCAAGGACUCAAGAGAAUUCCCCCUCUAAGGUUUUCGCCCCCUAAACGUUGCCAAAUUGUGCUUUUUUUAAGAACACUUUACUGUAAGGGACAAACACCAAAACUUAGACCUUAGAAUUAAACGAAAAAAUAAAAAAAUUAAAAUGAAAAAAAUUAUGUAUUAGGAGCGUAGCUGUCUUACCCUUGAUUUUCUUUCUAUUUUUUUUAAAUUUUGCAAAUAUUUAAUGUAAAUUAACUUGGGCACCCCCACCCUCGUCUUAAUAUACAGUAGCGUCAGUUUCUAAAAAACAAAAAAAGGAAAAUUUAAAAAUUGUAAAUUCUCUUUUAUGGCCUAACUUUAACCAAUGACAAUCUAUUUACUAUUUAUAGUCUAUAUAGCCAACAUCAUCAUCAUCAUCACUGUGACGACAUAUCUCGAAUGUUAUAGUGACGACAAUCUUGUGAUUAUUUUGUACUUGAAUAGGUUACCUUUUCUCUCCCCCUCCCUACUCCUCUUGUAUAUCUUCCAUUUCCAGUAGUGACCACUCAGUAUACAGUGUGUCCCAGAUAGAUAGACGCUAUUUAGGACACCCUGUAUAUUGGGUUUAAUAACAACAAUCAGCAAAGAAAUAUAUAUUAUUAUUAUUAUUAUUAUUAUUAUUAUAUAAAUGUGACUAUAGUUGUGCCACCAUAGUUUAUAUAUAUAUGAAAAAUAGAGUUUGAUUGAAGUUACAAUGUUUUCGUUUUAUGCAGGGUGGCCCAAAUUCUAUGAUUUUUUAUUUUUUAAAAAAUGGUGGUUUUACUUUUAAAAUCGGACGUUUCGUUCCCAAGAAACCAUCAUCAUCAUUAUUAUUAUUCUAUGUGCUAUGGAUUCAAACUUCCCGGGUCUUUUUUGCAGCUUAAUGGGUGCGACAGAGACAAACUUAUGGCCAAUUAAAUGUGUUAGACGGGGAGGGGUGUAUAUUUCUUUGACAUUUUGUUGUUACGCCGCCCAAAUAAGACUAAAAAUAAAAAUUCCAGGGGCGUAUUUAAAAAAGAAGGAAUUUUUUAUUUUCUUGAAUUUUUUUUGAAACUUUAAUUUUUUAAAUGCCAUUCUGGAUUAUAAUUAAAAAAAAAAUAUAUUCAAAAUAAAAGAACUGAAGUUACAGAUAUAUCCUUGUCUGUCUCGUGAUUUUAGCCAUAAGUCUAUCUCUUUCAAGUGCAUUGUACUGUAAGAAAACCAAAUUUAAUUUAAAUUUUCCGCGUUUUUUUUAAGCAUAACGAAUACGACAAAGACAAUUAGCCGUAAGCUUAUGGCUAAUUAUAUGUAUCAAACAAAGAGGGCUGUAUACUUAUUUUAAAUUUUGUUUUCAUGUCGCCCAAAAAACACAAUAAAAACAAUUCCAGGGGCGUAUUUAAAAAAAGAACAAAAUUGUAUAUUUUUUAAAAAAUUAUUCUGCCACUGGAUUUUCUAUUUAAUUUUUUUAUCAAACAAUAAUUUAAAAAAAAAAUUCUAUGAAAAAUAAUGCAAUUUAAAUUAAUUUUUUGCCGAUCCUUGUCUGUCUUGUGGUUUUCGCCAUAAGUCUAUCUCUUUCGAGCACAUUGUACUGUAAAAAAUUCAAAUUUAAUUUAAAUUACCCGCGCUUAUUCUUAGCAUGACAGAGACAAACUUAUGGCUAAUUAAACGUGUCAAACAAAGAGGACUGUAAAAUAAAACGUAAGAUAAAAAUUCCAGAACCGUAUUAAAAAAAAAUAUUUUUAAAUUUUUUACAGUUUCAAUUUUUUAAAUACGAUGCUGGAUUUUCCAUUUUAUUCUAUGAAAAAUAAUAAAAAUUAAAUUAAUGAUUUAUCGGUCCUUGUUUCUCUCGUGGUUUUUGCCCUAAGCUUGUUUCUCUCAGACACAUUGUACUGUUAAAAAUCCAAAUUAAAUUCAAAUUACCCGCGUUUAUUGUGAGUAUGAGAGAGGACAACUUAUGGCUAAUUUAAUGUGUUAGACAAAGAAGGGUAGAUAUUUUAAUGGCAUUUUAAAGUGAUUUAAAAUAAAAUAUACCCAUCACACAUUAAAGAGCUAAGCAAAGACGAACUUCUAAAGCAAAUAAUGCCCGAGAUAAAGAUAAUUAAAAAUAAAACUCGACGUUUCGUUCUUCAAAUACCAUCAUCAACCCCUGAAGAACAUUUACCCCUGGGUAACAUUUAGGCCACUCUGUACACACAGUCGCGAAUAAAUUCAAUAUAAAGUCAAUUUCACACUUUUCUAUAUACAGGGUGUCUCGAAAAAAGCACCUACUUACCUGUUGAUUUUGUAUUGAUUUUAUCGCACUGUUUAUCUAUAUAUAUAUAUACAUAUAAUUUAUACAAAAUUAUAUUUAGGCAGAUGGAAAUAUUAUAUUUAAUGAGUGUAAGUUAAACCGAAUUAUUUUUGUUAAAUUAUAUUGAGAUAAUUAU